CAGUCGAUUUUAUGCCCUCACACCUUUCCCUUUCAAGGCCGGAACUUGUACACCAACGAACACGUGGCCAUUAAGUUAGAACCCAUGAAAACCCGAGCGCCACAACUGCAUUUGGAGUAUCGGUUCUACCGGAUGCUUCAAUCCGGCAAUGUGGUCGGCUUCCCCGCUGUUUAUUAUUUCGGCCCAGUUGGCAGACAUAACGCCCUCGUAAUGGAACUACUCGGUCCGUCUUUAGAGGAUUUAUUUGAGAUCUGCAAACGACAAUUUUCCCUUAAAACUGUACUCAUGAUCGCCAUUCAGCUGCUGCGUCGUAUUGAGUAUGUCCAUUCAAAGCAUUUGAUCUAUCGGGAUGUGAAGCCAGAGAAUUUUCUCAUUGGUCGACAGUAUUAUAAUCGACACAGGACAAUCUAUAUAAUCGAUUUCGGUCUAGCCAAAGAGUACAUCGAUCCGGACACAGGCAAACACAUCCGAUAUCGAGAACACAAGAGUCUGACCGGAACAGCUCGCUACAUGAGCAUCAAUACUCAUUUGGGCAAAGAGCAAUCACGUCGUGACGAUUUGGAAGCAUUGGGCCACAUGUUCUUGUACUUCCUUCGAGGCAGCCUUCCAUGGCAAGGUCUGAAAGCGGAGAACUUGCGUGAUCGCUAUCAGAAAAUAGGUGACACGAAACGGGCCACACCAAUCGAUGUGCUUUGUCAUGGCUAUCCAGAAAUGGCUGCUUACCUCCGUUAUGUACGAAGUUUGGACUUUUUCGAGGAACCAAACUACGAAUAUCUGCGGCUGAUAUUCACAGACCUCAUGCAACGAAAAGGCUGGGAAUGUGAUUGGGAUUUUGACUGGUGUCAUCGGCCGUUACCUGGUGCUAAGGUAAGUCCUCCAAAUGAUGGGGGCAUCAUUCUGCUAUUCGGUGUUCUGACGACCGAUUGUGCAUUUUGA